CUUAGCAACUGCGCGCCCUUCACCCCGCGCCCGCGCCGGUCGUACACGGGGAUUUGUUCGCGACGGCUCGUCAGCGGUCAGCCCCUCACUCCGCGGCGACCGGCAUAGACGACGGAUGUGCGCUCAGUUUUUAUCUAAAUUCGAAUUAUUGUAACGUGCGAAUUAAACGCCUCAUCGUGGAUGUUUUUUUGUGAUUUAAUUUAAACGCCCCAUUAAGCAUCCCACAUUGGUGACCCCGACUUCAAAAUACGUUUAUGAUGGAAAAAGAAGACCGAUCGGAUUUGGAAUUGAAUAAAGUCGGCGUGCGGCUGCCGCCAUUUUGGGCGGAUGACCCUGCUUUGUGGUUCGCCCAGGUUGAAGGACAAUUCUUUUUAGCUGGAAUAACGUCUGAUACGACGAAGUUUUACCACAUUUCGUCGCAAUUAGAACAAAGGUUUGCCCAGGAAGUAAAGGAUAUAAUAAAAAAUCCUCCAGCUGAGAAUAAAUAUAAAAAACUAAAAACAGAAUUAAUAAAACGGCUAACGGCGUCACAGGAGAGACGAAUACAACAACUUUUGGCUCAAGAGGAAUUAGGGGACAGAAAACCGUCACAGUUUCUUCGACAUCUACAGAAUUUGGCGGGGCCAGCUGUUCCGGACGAAUUUCUCAGGACUUUAUGGACAGAUUGCCGCCAGCAGCGACUUAUUGAUGGGUUGACGUCACUCCAGGUCACAGCGUCAAUUGAGAUUCCAACUGAAAGCGACUAUGGUUCAAUUAAGAUAUUGUCUCACGAUCAUCGAUAGAUUCACGCGUUGGCCUGAGGCGAUUCCUUUACCAGACAUACAAGCCGAGACGUGUGCCCGUGCUUUUCUCUCUGGCUGGGUGGCGAGAUACGGAUGUCCAGAGAAGAUCACUACUGACAGAGGAAGACAGUUUGAAUCUGAUUUGUUUCGUAGCUUAUCUUCAUUGUUGGGUGCAGUUCAUCGCCCUACAACGGCGUAUCACCCGGCAUGCAACGGCAUGGUGGAGCGCUUUCAUCGGCAGCUUAAGGCAGCUAUCAUGUGCCAUAAAAAUGAUCAAUGGUCUGAGGUACUUCCACUUGUUUUACUUGGCAUUCGCAGCGCUUGGAAGGAAGACAUUGAGUCAUCUGCAGCUGAGCUAGUGUACGGGGAGCCACUGCGCCUUCCCGGUGAGUUUCUCGCUCCUAAAGCUCAUAGUACUGAUCUAACAGAUUUUGCAUCCCGCCUACGCAACCAUUUUCAUAAUCUCGCACCAAAACCAGCGCACUGGCAUACAAGCAAAACCUUUUUCAUACCUAAGAGCUUACAAAUUGCUGACUAUGUUUUCCUUCGCAAAGGCCCUAUUAAAAAGUCAUUAGAAUCACCUUAUUCUGGCCCGCACAAAGUGAUUGAAAGAGGAGAAAAAACAUUUAAAAUUGACGUGGGAGGCAAGCUUUCGCAUGUAACCAUAGAUAGACUUAAACCUGCUUAUUUGCUUACUAAAUUACAGGAAGAACCACAACACGAUGAGAACAGCAAAUCACUACCGUUCAAGACUAGAAGUGGACGAGUGGUUCGCUUCCCGAACUACUAUCGACCUUAGCUGUUGGCAUCGGUCUCGGCGGGG